AUGCAAGCUCUAAAUAAGAACACAACAAACUUUUCAAACUAUGCUAAAAUAUCUGAGUCAUUGAAAGAAGGAAACUUAAAACUGACAAUAAACCCUAUGACAGAUGAGUUUCUAUUUCAAGACAAUAAGAACAAUACUGUCUGUAUAAAUCCAACAAAAGGAACUUUAAACGAGAAACCUAUAAAUGAACUUCUUUUGAAAGCAGAUGUUGACAACAAAGCUGACAAAGAAUAUGUCAUUGAAAAAGUUCAAGAAGAACAUGACAGAGCAGAUGCAACAUAUGCAACAAAAGAGGAUGUUGAAAAUAAAGCUGACAAAGAAACUGUAGAUAUGUUGGCACAAACGGUUUCAAGUCAUGACAGAGCUUUAAUGGAAGAUGGACAACAGUUGAAAGAGCUUGAGAAAGGUGUUACAUAG